AUGCCCACUCCUUCAUCGUCAGAUCUCCCAGGUCCAACUACAGCUGCAGCAGCUUCGUCUUCAACUCCAACAAGUUCAACCUCGGCCGUCCCACGAGUAGGCGUCGCCGUCUUCAUAUUACAUCCCAACCUCGACAUCGACAACCACACAGUUCCAGACUCUACAACUAGCCGAGCAGCACCACCUGCCCAAGAUUCCAACAAGUAUAAAUUCCUCCUCGGCCGCCGUCUCAACUCCCACGGCUCCAACACGUACGCCCUACCAGGCGGCCACUUGGAGUUUGGCGAGACAUUUCAAGAAUGCGCUGCGCGAGAAGUUCUCGAGGAGACCGGACUCGUACUCAAUUCUUCCACCAUUCGUUUUUUGACCGCCACGAAUGAUGUCAUGCUGGCAGAUCAGAGUCAGACUGGGUCCUCGGACGAAGGCCAGACCAAGACUUCUUAUAGUGGUGGGACUACUGGUGCCGGCGAGUCGAAACAUUACGUUACGAUUUUCAUGACUGCCCAAGUCAACCCAGAUCCAAACCAAGCCAUCGCCGACCAGGACAAUGGCAAUGGUAUCACUGGUAAUCAGUCUCAGUCUCAGUCUCAGUCUCGGUCUCACUCUCAGUUUCACUCUCGCUCUCCGUCUCGCGUAAACGUUCGCCUUCCCCUCGCUCGACGCAUGGAACCGCAUAAAUGCGCCGGAUGGGAAUGGGUCACUUGGACCGAUUUGGUGAGAUGGGCUCAGCCGCAACUCAAAAGUCGCGUACUAGUACAGCAAAUGCCGGACGACCGGCACGGGCAGCACACUACUAGUACCAGAGGAAAAGACGAAGACGAAGACAGAGAAGAAGAUAUACGACCUCUCUUCUCUCCGAUGAUUGAUUUGCUGAUUCAAAGACCGGGUGUUGUGCCGGUCCUCGAUUAA